CGAGAGCAGACACAGGCACAUUCCCUCAUUCACCUCCAGAGCCUUUUUCCAGGCACCCUUCUCCCUCACCCAUUCACACAACAUCCAUACCGACAGACAGCACCCUGCCUCCCAGCACACACAGAGGCCCUCAUCCAUUUUAACCUGUUCUCACCUUGGGGGCUGGUGAGAACUGUGGGAGCGGCCCGGGGCCUCAAGCAUCCUACCCUUCCAAGUCUGUCACAGCUCUGCCCUCUCUACCCCUCAUUGGCACUCUUACCCAAGAACCCCUUUCAGCUGCCCCCGGGGUCGGGUGGCAGAGACUGGAUCUAGGGGGAUUGGAGGUCAGACUGAGCUCAGCGCACGUCAUAGGGUUCUCUCCCUUCCAGGCCCCUAAAGUGGAGGAGAGGGGCUGGACACCAGGAUCCCCUCUGUAUCCAGUAUGCUGAGAGUUUCCACAGUGUCAGCAGCCCCUGGGCCCCUCUCCAAUGGCAGCCUUCCUGACAACAACAACAGCAGUGAAUCUCGAGACCCAUGGUUGGCCCAGGUUGAGGUGGCGCUGCUGGCGGCCAUGUUUGUGUGUGUGAUGUUGAGCAAUAUACUGGUGCUGGGGGCCCUGGCCCGCAGGGGCAGGCGAGGACGGUGGGCCCCUAUGCAUGUCUUCAUUGGCCACCUGUGUCUGGCUGAUCUGACUGUGGCCCUGUUCCAGGUGCUUCCACAGCUAGCUUGGGACAUCACAGACCGCUUCCAGGGCCCUGACUUUCUGUGCCGAGCUGUCAAGUAUCUGCAGAUGGUGGGCAUGUAUGCUUCCUCCUACAUGAUUCUGGCCAUGACCCUGGACCGCCAUCGAGCCAUUUGCCACCCCAUGUUGGCAUUCCGCCAUGGUGGGGCCCGCUGGAAUAGACCCAUCUUGGUUGCAUGGGCCCUCUCGUUGAUUUUCAGCCUGCCCCAACUUUUCAUCUUCAGCCAACAGGAGGUAGAGGAUGAGGCUGGGACCUUUGACUGCUGGGCCUUCUUUAUCGAGCCCUGGGGGGCCCGGGCCUAUGUUACUUGGAUCGCCCUCAUGGUGUUUGUAGCACCAGCUGCAGGCAUUGCUGCCUGCCAGGUGCUCAUCUUCCGAGAGAUCCAUGCUAGCCUGUCCCCUAGGGCAAGUGGCGUGGGGCCUAGUGAGGGUGCCCGGGUCUCAGCAGCCAUGGCCAAGACAGUGAGAAUGACCUUGGUGAUAGUGAUUGUAUACGUGCUGUGUUGGGCACCCUUCUUCCUGGUGCAACUAUGGUCAGUGUGGGACCCCCAGGCACCUCGUGAAGGGCCACCGUUUGUGUUACUCAUGCUUCUGGCCAGCCUCAACAGCUUCACCAACCCUUGGAUCUACGCCUCCUUCAGCAGCAGUGUUUCCUCAGAGCUGCGCAGCCUCUUCUGCUGCUCCCAGGCACCAGCUUUGGCCAGCCUUGGUCCCCCUGAUGACUCCUGCAUAACCGCCAGCUCCUCUCUCACCAAGGACACAUCCUCCUGAGGUCCUGGACAGACCACAGGCAGGCAAUUGAGGUUAAGUGACUUGCCCAGGGUCACACAGCUAA